AUGAAAACGUCGCAUCAUUCACACGCGUCCGAUUUCGUCGUCGACUACGCCGUCGUUGCCGGUUCCGGUUCCGGUGCAAGAUCAUCAGGUUCAGUUGCCACUGCUGCUGCCACCGCUCACCUGCAGCCUGCAGGACACUUUUAUAGCCAGAGUCAGCGAUCGAACGCCUUUGCAGCUGCUCUCGAUGCGGAUGUGGAUGUAAAGCCAGCGCUUAAACAGGUCAGCAUUGGCAUCAGUUGCGAUCUCAAGCCGAUUGUUUAUCUGGACUCGGAGACACGACAACCGCGUCAACGCAGUGUGAUCAUCAAGCAGGACCAACAACAUCAACUACAACAACAGCAUCAUCAACAACAACAUCGUCAGCAACAACAAUCGUUGACCAAGUCUGGAGCAGCGGCCAACAGCAAGCGAAAGCGCGAAACAGAUUGCGAUUGCGGCUGCGUGGACUCGUACAACGGCGGCAGCGUUGAAAUUGGUCACGGCCAGGCGGCACAGGAGGCGGCAGCCCAGAACGUAGUCAAAACGGCGCACGCAAAGGUCGCCACAUCCGGGGGGCAUGCAAAUACGCAGCCCCCCAGUAAACGUUCCAGCAGCGGCGCCGAUGGCGACUAUCAGCUGGUCCAACACGAGGUGCUCUACUCGCUCUCCGCCGAAUAUGAGGUGCUGGAAUUUCUGGGACGCGGCACCUUUGGCCAGGUGGUGAAAUGUUGGAAACGCGGCACCUCCGAAAUCGUUGCCAUCAAGAUUCUCAAGAAUCAUCCAUCGUAUGCGCGACAGGGACAAAUUGAGGUAUCAAUUUUGUCGCGGCUUAGUCAGGAGAAUGCCGAUGAGUUUAAUUUUGUGCGUGCAUUCGAGUGCUUUCAGCACAAGAAUCACACCUGCCUGGUCUUUGAGAUGCUCGAGCAGAAUCUCUACGAUUUUCUCAAGCAAAACAAAUUCUCGCCGCUGCCGCUCAAGUAUAUUCGACCCAUCUUAGAGCAGGUGCUGACUGCCCUGUUGAAGCUUAAGCAACUGGGACUGAUUCACGCCGAUUUGAAGCCGGAGAACAUUAUGCUGGUUGAUCCAGUGCGUCAGCCGUAUCGCGUUAAGGUCAUCGACUUUGGCAGCGCCUCGCAUGUCAGCAAAACUGUUUGCAACACGUAUCUGCAAUCACGCUACUAUCGCGCCCCCGAAAUCAUCUUGGGUCUGCCCUUCUGCGAGGCCAUCGAUAUGUGGUCUCUCGGCUGCGUCGUCGCCGAACUUUUCCUUGGCUGGCCUCUGUAUCCGGGCAGUUCAGAGUUCGAUCAGAUACGCUACAUAUCGCAAACGCAAGGUUUGCCCACGGAGCACAUGCUGAACAGCGCAUCGAAGACGUCGAAGUUCUUUUAUCGCGACGUCGACUCGACGUAUCCCUUUUGGCGUCUGAAGACCACCGAGGAGCAUGAGGCAGAGACGAAUACGAAGAGCAAAGAGGCACGCAAAUACAUUUUCAAUUGUCUCGACGACAUUGGCCAGGUGAAUGUGCCCACCGAUCUGGAGGGUGGCCAACUGCUUGCCGAGAAAACGGAUCGACGCGAAUUCAUUGAUCUGCUCAAGCGCAUGCUGACCAUUGAUCAGGAACGUCGUCUUACGCCGACGGAGGCGUUGAAUCAUAGCUUCACGAGGCUCACCCAUCUGGUUGAUUACGUUUACUGCAACAAUGUGAAGGCCUCUGUCCAGAUGAUGGAGGUGUGUCGUCGCGGCGAUUUCCACACAGUGCAACCCGCUCCCACGCUGGUGACCAACUUUGUGCCGAGCAGCACCGACAAUAUGACCUUCACCAUCAACAACCAGCUGACCAGCCAAGUGCAACGCUUGGUACGCGAUGGGCGACCAACUUUAGCAUACGAGGGACUCUAUCAGAUCUACGGUGGACGCAAUGUGGCACGGCAGUAUCCUCAAGCACGCACCGAUACGUUCCAGCAUCAGCUGGUGUCCAAUAUACUGUGUCCGCCAUCGUACCAAGCGAUGCCCAGUCCCACCAAGCAUGUGGUCGUGGGCAGUGCCACAAUGCAACCGCCGUUGCAAGUGCCGCCGCAGCAAUACGUGAAUGUGCCGGUGCCCGUGUCCAUGGUGGAGCCGAGCUCCGGGCAGCGCAUGCUGCUCACGAAUCGAGUGCAGGCAAGCGGCGUAGCAUGGCCGCAAACUGGACGCCAGAUGGCAUUGGUGCCGUCGUGGCCGCAAAAUGCGCCAGCGCAUUCAUUGAUCGUGGACUCGACGCCGCUGUUCAACGUGGAGGAAAUCUAUCCGAAGCAUCAUCUCAACUUGCCACGCAACGAUCUCAAAAAGGAGUCGCCGGCGCAUCACCUAGCCAAAGGCAACUCUUAUCGCGUGCCGCGUCACGAGAAGAAGGAGCAUCAGCAGCUGUCGCCAGUGAAGAAGCGCGUCAAGGAGAGCUCUCCGCCGCAUCAGCAGCGCUAUCAGCGUGCCACACACGUCUCGCCGCAGUAUCAUGCGCAUCACAAUUGCAACUAUGGCGGCGGCUAUGGCGCUGGCGCUGCCGGCGCCGUUGUGGCAAGUUCCGCUAGCUCAGCGAGCAACAUUGUCAACUCGAGCAGCUCGUCGAGUUCGCAUCAUAAUCACGCACCUGUGGCACAUGCCCCACAUGGCAGCAGCAGCGGCAGCAGCGCCUACAAUGCUGCCGGUCAUCACAUUGUGGUGAAUCAGUGCAGCGGCGGCUCCGCAGUGGGUUCCGCUGGGUAUGCGCCACCGUUGCAUGCCCAUCAGCCACACGUGAAGCAACCAACGAUCACCAUACAUGACACGCCCUCGCCGACAGCGGUUGUGGGCGAUGUCAUUACCAUUUCGGACAGCGAGGAUGAGGGUGGCGAUGUGCCCACCAGUGCUGCAGUGCAGCCAAUAAAGCAGCGUGCGCAUGCGCAGUCCCAAACGAGCAGCAGCCUCAUGCAGCAACAACAGCAGCAACAACAUCAACAGCAUUCGAGCAGCAAUUGUCGCAGCAGCGCGCAGCCAUUGCAACAUGUGCAACAUCAGCAGCAGCAGGCGGUUAAUUAUGGUGAUCACGAUCCGGAGGAUGCACGUCGACGUCAUCAUGCCGCCAACGCCACAACAGUUGCCGCCAGCAGUCCCAAGCAUCAGCAGCAGCAGCAACAUCAUCAUCAUCAACAUCAUCAGCAGCAGCCACAGCAAGUGCAACCAGCGCAACAGACACCGCACUAUCAACCGCAGCAACCACAGCAGCAGCAACCACAACAACAGCAGCAAUUGCAACAGCAGCCAAGCAUCAAAUAUGAGCCAGGACAAUCGCAAAAGAAACGCAUACUGGCCAUGGCCCAAAACGAGUGCAACUAUCAGCCGCAGCCACAGCAAGUGCAACAGCAGCAGGUGCCUCAGCAACAGGCGCCGCCUCCAUCGCAGCCACAGCCGGUGGCCAGCUUGCCGCAUAUACCAACCAAGCAGGAGCCCGCCGAAUUCUAUCCGGAGUACUCACAGCAGCAGCCACCGCCACCGCAGCAGCAACAGCUCGACACCAAGCGCAGCAGCUGGGCAGCCAGCUCGAGUGGCGGCUCUGCAGCCAUGCCAUUGGCGCAUCCUAAGCGCGAGGCACCUUCGGUUGCCCCGGUGAGCUAUGUGGCACCCACUGUGGCUCCACCUUUGGCGCACUCCAAGAGCAGCUCGAGUUCGUCAUCGUCGAUCAGCGCUUUGGCUGCUGCCGCCGUGGCUGCCAGCGUUGGUCCGCCGUCGUGGGGCGCCCCUCAAGUGUAUCGCCAGCCAUCGCAACCGCCACCGGCUAGCGUGGCGGCACCGUCUCAGGCGCCGGCAGCUGCACCGCCGCCGCAUCAUCAUCACAGCAGCCACAGUCACCAUCAUCAUCAUCAGGCGGGUACGCCGCUGGGCGGCUCACCGUCAUCGACAGCCGCUGCGGCGAUGCUGCAGCCGGAUAUCUACGCACAGGGCGACAUGUAUCGACGUCCCACCGUCUAUGUGUCCCAGGCCGCGCCCACUUACGCCUAUGCGAAUCGAGCGGUCGUUGCACCGCCGCCAGCACACAACAGCUCCAGUCGACAGGUUAUACCAUCGCAUCCUUUGCCGGCUCACAUCCAGAUACCGACGCAAUACAGCCAGUUUGGACCGUUGAGUCCCGCCCAGGUAGCUGCCAGCAAGCAUGCGGCGCACUUUGCGCCAACUAAUAUAUGGUAUGGUGCUGAGUAGCUUGCAGGGUGAACGGGUUGACGAGAGGAUGCCAGACAGACACAGAGAGAGAAAGAGAAAGAGAGAGAGAGGGAGAGGCCAGAGCGAGGCAACAGCGACCACUAUUGAACACAACAACAACAACAAGAACAACAACAACGACCGACCACACAACAACAACCAACCAUCUUUCUCAACACUAGAACUCCAUUGAUUGAUUGAUUGAUUGAUUGACGCUCGAAUCUUUUAUGGCCUCGGCUGAUGGUGGCGACGACGACAAUCCCAACACAACGGAGGAGCAAGAACAGUUGCAACAGCUGCAGUUAACGCAGUGUUGGUGGUUUAUGAUGCUCAUGCAACAGAGCAUCAUACACAGCAACAACAACAACAACAACAAUAGUAGUGGAAGCAGCAGCAACAACAUGUUGCUGGAAGCAGCCGCUGCAAGAACAACAUCAACUUCCGGCAGCAGCAACAAUCGCAGUCAAAGUCGUCGCAAACGUUAGGCAUCAAAACUCUUCUCGCAACCCGCUUGCCAGCGAAAGUUUAUCUUUUUUUUAAUUUCGUCAAUCCACAACAAGAUUGUCGAUUAUAUUCAAUAAUUCGAUGCAUCGAAUUACACAAAUUGUAAACAAACAUUUUUAAUUAAUUUAAAUUUCAAGCAUUUUGUACACGCAGUUUGGAGUGUAAAGUGCAUAAACAACAACAACAACACACAUACACAUAUGUAAUUACUACAUACAAAUAUAAGCAACAACAACACACACACACUCGGACCUUGCAACAAGCAAAGGGAAACUCAGAAGAACACUUUCUAUACACAUUACUCGUAUGGAUUUUCGAAAAUAACAAAAAAAAAAACCUAAAGCGUUUCAUUAUGUGUGUUGUAUAUUUUUUAUUAGAACUUCUAAGUACAUGCAUACUUAUAGAUUAUACGGAUAUAUAUAGAGAUAUAUAUGAUACAAUAUAGAGUACUACAAACCUACAUAUUAAUGUACAACCUAAUCCUAAUACAACUACAACUACAACUAAUCUAAUACUACACAUAAAUAAUGCAACAAAUUAUAUGAUUAAUGCAACAUGUUUCUGUACAAAAAAAAACACAACAAGAAGUAAUGCAAACAGUAACAUCAACAAAACAAAAACACCAACAAAUACUUAGUGCAAAAAGCAUAGAACUUUUUUUAGACUCUUUUUAGCAAGUACCUCAUAAAAAAACAAAACGAAAAAGAAAAAAAAUCGAAAACACGAAGCAGCAACAACAACAAAAGAAUAAAACAAACAAAUAAUGUUAUGCAAAUUGCCUUUUACAACAAACAAUAUUGUAUAUUAAAGAAUAAAUAAUAAAUAACUUAGUGAGAUAAUCAAUGAUAUGAUACCGCAAAAACCUUACUAGCAAUCAAAGCAUACAUUACAUAAAUAUAUAUAUAUUAUAUAAAGAAUAACAAUAUUUGUAGCGAUAAACCGUAGCGAUAUAUCUGAUAAACAACUGAUAACUGAACAUUGCGAUAUAUUAUAGCUAAUAAUACAAUAUACAUAGAUACUUGUUUUUUUUUUAACAUACAUACAUAUAUAUCAAAACCAGCCACACACACAUACGCACUCUCAUAGAUCUGAACUCCUCCCCCACCCCUAAAAGAAAACGCAAUAGAAGAAACAUGUAAGAAUGAAAGAAAAAUUAGAUGCAUUGUAAUUUAGUAAUAACUAACUAUUAAAAUAAUUAAUGAUGGAUUUUAAAAUGUCAGGUCAAGCGAAUUACUUAGAAAAACACAUAAAACAAUUCGAUGUUAACUUAAUCGUCGCUUUGUGGUUUAAUUUCUGUAUUUAUAUCCCUAACAGACUCUGCGUUUAAGUAAAUGAAAAAUGAAAAAAGGAAAUCACAAGAAUUAUGAGAAUGUUCACUAAAAAGUACAAAAAUGGCAAGCAAUCUAGCAAAUAAUUGAAAGAGUUAUAGGCUUUUAAAAGUGUGUUUCUAAUUUCUAAUCAAUAGUUUAAUUUUCUCUGUAUGUGUGUGCGUUUAUAUUUUUUUUCAUCUGUAUUUUUUUUAAACACUUCUAAACGCAGAGAUUUUAUUUUAUACUUUGUGUAUAUAGUGCAUAAACCCUUGCUUAUUACUAUUAUGAUUAUGAUUACGAUUAUUAUAUAUAUAUAUAGCGAUAUAUGCUACACAUACAAUACAUAUUUAAUGAUAUACUACUAUCUACCUAUAUAUAUAUAUCUAUACAUAUUGCAUAAUGUUCUUGUUAAUUAGGUUUCUUAAAGUAUUUUGUAGUUAAUCGUAAAACUUUGUCUCUAAUUCUCUACAUUUUUUUUCCCGUCAUGUCGAGUCUUUGUAAACCCUUUUUUUUUGUUAGUGUUUAGAAUUGUGGGCACUUCCUAUUAUGAUGAUACUAAAAAACCAAUCUAAUCGAAAAACGAAAAUCCCAAAAAUACACACACACACACACACACACGUUUCAAUGUACCAGUUUGUAUGGUGAACAAAAGAUCCGUUUUAUUAUUAUUGUAAUUAAAUAAUAUAUGUAUAACGCAUGAAUAUGAAUAUGAUAAUUAAUCAGCUGUGCACGAAACAAGAAGAAAUCUUAUAUAUAUAUAUAUACAACUAUAUUGCAAAAACAAAAGCAAAACAAAACAGAUCUAUUUGAAAGUCUAGCAUAUAAUUAUUGUGAUGUAGUUUUUAAAAAUCGAUGCAAAUACAAAUUGAAAGUGUCGGAAUUUUUGUCCUUGUCGUAAAUUAGCCAGUAACGAAAUUAACAAAACGAUAAAAAAAAACAAAACCAACAAAUUACAAAUUAUAAUUACAAUUACAAACUACAAAUUAAUUAUAUGUAUAAUGUGUAAUCGAUACCGCUUAUAAUGCGGCUCAUAUAUGUAUAUGUAAUUGUAUAUGUACUAAAUAUAAACAAACAAAAAUUAAUAUAUGUUAACUAUUUAGUACACAAAACAAAAUGACUAAACAAAAAAGGCAAACCAACAAUUUUAUUUCAUUUAUUGUAUACUUUUCUUUGAAAUCGUUUCAAUUUUUUUUAAACCUUUUGUCGUAGAGAAUAAAUAACGAAAGCGUGUUUAAUUAGCAGCUAACUAGGCAGUAAAUAAGAAACGUUAGUGUUGUGACUAUACGAAUAAUCGUACAUACAUACAUAUAUAUUACGCGAUAACGAUCUAGCUAUAGAUAUGAUAUGGGUAUAUACACAUAAAUAUAUAGAAUACCAAUUUCUGUUUUAGCAGCUGUGGCAACUAUUAAAGUUAGUCCAAAAAAGCAGCUGCUACAAAUUUUUUGCUUGCUCUUUUGUUUAAUUUCACGUCUUUUAUAGUUUUUAUUGUUGGUUCUUAUAGGUGUGUGUUUUUUUAUAGAAAUUUUAUGGACCAUUAACAACAACAACAACAACAAAAUGAAAUAAGGAAACUUGAGGCGAUAAAAACAUAUGUCGUAAAUCUAAGCGUUUGAUGUAAAAGCGAACUUGUCGUUUAUUUGAUUGUUUUCCUUUUAUAAAUAUACACAUAAAGUAUACACUACUAUUAAUUAACUAAAGUAUAUUAUAUAUAUAUGAUUAACUGAUCAAGUUUAACGAUAAUAAACUUCAAUUUCUACUCAAUGUUUUAGAGAAGCAAACAAAAAAGGAAAACAGAAAAAAAAACAAAAUCGAGAACGCUUUAAAUGUAACAAAAACGAAACGUUAAUAGACUUAAACAAAAAGAAAGGAAAAAAGGAAAAAAAUGGAUAUAAAUAACAUUCACUAACUAAACUUAAAUACACACAUACAGACACAGACAUAUACAUAUACAUGCAUACAUAUAUAUCGUUUGUAUUUAAGAGACAAAAAUUACAUUUUAAAGAUCAACAAUGUUUUAACUGUGUAGCCUUAAAAUCAAUUUACAAAAACAAAACAAGAAAGAAAAGAAAACUAAUCUAUGUAUAAUAAUACCAACUAUAUAAUCUAUUAUCGAAAACACUUAAAAUCCAAAAUUGAUAUGGAUAUAGAUCUGAUUUGAGCAGAUCAAUCGUACAAUAUUUUGCUAUGUAUUAAAUAGUUGAUUUGCCUUUUACUUUUUAAUUAUUUUUUGACACUUGCAAUUUUACUUUGUAUUCUAAACACACACACACAAAAACAGAUGCACCUUUUUUUUAUAUUGUAUACCAUAUAAACAUAGCCACAAUACAUGCAUAACUUACUAUUAUCAUAAACACAAUUAUAAUAUAUAUAUUUACUUAUGUCCUCAACAAAACCCAAAACCAUAAAUACAUAUAUCUAUUAUUAUCGAAAGCAUAAAUCUUUUUGUUUUUUCUUAUCAUUUAUUUUCAUUUUUGUAGUCAUAAAAGAAGCUAAUCAAAAGUUUGAACAAAAUCAACAAGAACAACAACAAGAUGAUGAAGAACAAAUACAACAUAUAUCCCACCAAAUUAAUUUUAAAACAAAUAAAUAGGGGCAAACAAUUAAAUAAUAAUAUACUAUUAUAUAUAUUUAUCAGACGAAUAUUGUGCAAUAUUAGUGUAUGAAAUAUUAUUAUUAUUACUAUGGAUUUUCCCCCCCUCAGUGUUUUCCUUUGACUUAUCGAGGCUCUAGCUGCAGCUAAAUACAUACGUUUAAUUAUUUAGUUAAUGGUAAAUCAGGUUUCUGUAGUUGCCAAUAGAUUGUUAAUUGAUCAUUUCCAAAAAAAAGAAAAAGAAAUCCCAGCACUCUCCAAAAACAAAUCCGAGACGGAUACAAUCCUGAAAGUAUGCUAUGCUAAAAUCAAAUUUGGAUCGAUUAUAAUAUAAGUUGUUUGACCAAUUCAAAGACGAACAAUUAAUGAGCUUUUAUAAAUAAUUUGUGUCGCUUUUGAAUGUGUUUCAUACGCAAGUUAUGUGCAUUUAUCAAGCAAUGAGAUUAACCACAACAGCAACAACCAACAAACCAACAAGAACAACAAAUACCAAUAAUAAUUUAUUAAGUAAAUGCCACGUAUAAGUAAAAAAUAAUUACGAGUAGUUAGUGUUUAAAAAACAACAACCAAAGUGAAACACAACACACAAAAAAUAAAAAAAUUUCUGGAUUCGUCGUAUAAUGAAAUGCAUGGAUCGAAGCGAUUAUAAACAAUUGACGCUGACAAACAAGAUUGAUAAGAACCCGUCCAUAAUUAGAUUUUGUUCGUUUAACAACAACCACAAAAUAAAAAUAAAAUAUAUAAAAUAAAGGGAUAAACUGGAAAUGAAAAAUUCCAGAAUUCGAUGCAGCUCUCUAGACACUUAGAUAAUACUUAGUCGACGGGUAAAUUGAUUAGAAUAAAUUAAAUAUAAUGGUUAUAUACAUUAAAAACAAAUAUAUACAUACAUACAUAUUAUAGAAGCUCUCUCUCUUCGUGUUUCUUUUGACUUCAAUUCCACUUAACUAGCUGAAAAUAAAAACUUAAAAUUGUGGUUCGGAUUGAUAUUAGAUGUUUUAAAUAACUAACAACAAAAUUAUGAAUUCUAAGUACGAUAUAUUUAUACAUAUACACAAAGAAAGAAAGCAAAAUACAAAUACAUAUUGAACAAAAAAACAAGAAGAAACAAAAAAAUGGUAAAAUUUAUAAACAUAAAUAUAUACACUAUAUUUUAUUAAAUACAAAAUAUUUCGAAAAGAUUAAACAUAACCAAAAGAUAAAAUGUUGAUGUGUGAAAUUUAUAAGACUAGCAUAUUUCCUACCUAACAAUAUACGUUAUAAUGAGAUAUAUAUAUACAAAAUACAAAAUAUGAUAAUUAAUAUGAUAAAUAAUGAGCAGCUAGAGCUGAAAUCAUACGCAUUCUCACGAUUAUAAACUAAGAUUAAAAACCUAUAUUGAAUUUAAACAAAAGCGUCUAACAAAUUGAUCGUACCUUUUUGCUGAUUUAAAUGGAAAGAUAAUGUAACACACAUACACUUAGAUAUAUGUAUGUGUUCGUAAUUAAAUUAAUAUGUAUUACACACAUAUAUAUUUACGAGUCAUAGUCAAGUAACAAACAAACAAAAUGAAAAUAGAUGAUGGCACUUUAAUGGGAUUUGCUUUUUAUAAACGAAUGUGUAUGUGUGUGUGUGCGUGUGUGUGAGUGCGUAUGUAUUUUAUAUAGUAUUAGUGUCGUCUUGCGCAGUUACAACUAAACGAAAACAAAUUGAAAUGAAUUUAAAUAUUGUAUUUUUAUAUGCGAACUCAAAUCGAUUACAAUAGCCAAUAGAUCGUAGUUAAGGAAAAGAACUUCUCCUUAUAUAGCAGGCAUUAUAUUAUUAUGAUAAUUAUAUAUGUAUAAUCGAGGAAUCUUAAGAAAAUAAUACCAAAGACAGAUAAUCAAAGCGCGCACAUAAGAAUUUAGUGUUAGGAUAACGGAUAUUGGAUAACGGAUAACGAUCUUUCUUUGGGCACCAAGUCAUAUAUAUAUUGAAUACCUACCACAUCAUAGAAUACCUUUAUCAUCAUCCAUAUUGUGUGUACUAUCUAUACGGAUCUGUGUAUCUCUCUUUUUAGCAUAAGAUACAAGAUGUUAAUCCUAAAACGGAACGAGUUUCGAGAGUUAGAAUUUAGCUUUUAGCUGCUUGGGUUAGACAACGAAUUACCGGGCAAAGAUCGGGGCGAAAAACGAUUGAACUUGUACAUUCCCUUGAGCCUCAACCCCUCCGCCUAAUUAAUAAAUAAUUUCGAUCACCAACGAUGCUGAUUGGCGAUCCUUAAAGAUACUUAUGUGUAGACUUAGUUGUUGGAUCGCCGUCAGCAAAAAACCCUUUAAAACAUACAUAUGAAAUGAAGCGAUUUUUUGUGCCGUGUUAUACCUAAUCACACACACACAAUCACACUUAACAAACUUAACUAACGUAAAUGAUUAACAAAUUGACAUUUUUUGUAUCUAUCAAUGUGUACUGAAUGUUUUUACUUGGUGUCCUUUUUAAUGCGAGCAAAAAGCGAGAGAGUCUUAAUCUAAUCUAAAGAAAAAACGAUUAACGAAAUACUUAUAUAUAUCAAAAACCAAGCACACCGAUACAUUUAGCAUUGUACAUGAUAUGGAUAUGGAAUAUGAAUAUGAAUAAGUAAAAAGUAUGUUUAUGUAUGUACUACUAACCAAAGAGUUAUACCUAAACUUAUCCAGAUAAUAUGCGUACCUUUUUAAGCAACUAAUUCAAUGUUAAAAAAAACAAAACAAUUGUGAAAUCUUUGAUAGCAAAACGAAAUGAUAAUUAAUUAAAUACAAUAUAUAGAGAGUACUUACGAUUACGAUUACGAUUAUACGAAUUGGGAGUACACCGUCUCAAGACCAAACAAAUUGUAACACAAUGAGCCGCAAAAUAUUUGUAUUAAUGAAUGUAUUCCCCCCAAAAAACCCUUAACUGUUCCCAUACCCCAACCUGAACCCCGAAUACAGACCUAUAACAAUCGAGUUCCGAUUUCAAAGCUAACGUUAACGAUAAUCUAAUGGUAAAAAAAGGUAAAAACUAAAUGGUAAACCUUAAACGCGUUUAGAUAAUUGAUAAUAUGAUUAAGAACUUUUGACUUUUAUGGCUGUUUAGAGAUUUUAUAAUACAUAUACUAAUUAUAUAUAUAUACGAAUACAAACAUUUUUCGUAAAUUCUUUAUUUACAUUCAUACUCACACACACACACACAUUCUCAUACUCAUAUUCUCAUCUUUGACACAUAGAAAAAUACGUUUUUUGUGCUCCGUAAUUCGAUUCAAAGAAACAGAUUGAAUCUUUACGGUGCAGUCCUCAAAAACUCACAUCAAAUCUUACACUAUAUGUAACUGGUUUUCGGCAAAUACAAAAACUCUGGCAUGAUAAACCCUCCGCUCCAAUACGAUCCUUCUCUAUGGCAGAUCGAGAGCGUUUUUUUGUAGCGAUUAGAGAACAAAAAUUCAAAAAGAAAAAAGAAAACAAACGAAAAUUGUGAAAUUUAGUGUCUUUACACUUUAAAGAGUAUAUACAAAAGAAAAAGAGAAUAAAAUGGAAAACUUAACUAAGUAUAAUUGAAUGUAGAUGGCGCAAAAUGCCGAUAUUCGUAUAAGCAUAACUAACACACUCACACACACACACAUACGUACACAUAGUAAAGUGAAACAAGUACAUAUACACUCACAAUUACACCAAUUCGAAUGCGCGAAUAAAUGAAUCAAAGAAGAAGACGCAUACAAAAUUUAAUGAUACUCGUACAUAUGCCUAAAAGGAUAAACGUGUAGUAAUCUACGACAACAACAACAACAAAAACAA